AUGGGCUAUCAUUUCUAUGCUGAUGAUACUCAGUUGUAUCUGUCUUUCAAUUCUCUCAGUGGGGAUGAUCAAGCUUAUUCUGUCUCUCAGGUUGAAUCUUGUGUUAGAGAUAUCGACCGUUGGAUGUCUUGUAACAAACUUAAGGUGAAUAGGGACAAGACGGAACUUCUCGUUAUUAGUUCAAAAUAUCGGCCACACCCAUCUUUAGAUAGUAUCCUGGUUGAUGAUCAUCGUGUACAGCGGUCUGACAAAGCUAGGAACAUAGGAGUUGUUUUUGAUGAGACUUUGUCACUGGAUAAGCAUGUGAGUUCCGUUUGUAAAUCUACUUUAUUUCAUCUUCGGAAUAUCGCUAAGAUUAGAAUGUAUCUGACUUCUGAGAGCACAAAGACCCUUGUCCAUGCUUACGUUACUUGUCGACUGGACAAUUGUAACUCGUUGCUCCUCGGGUCACCGGACUAUAUUAUUCAGAAGCUCCAGCGCGUUCAAAACUGCGCCGCACGCCUUGUAGCUGGGCAGCCUAGGGCUGCGCACAUUCGCCCCGUCCUUAAGGAGCUACACUGGUUACCUGUGGAGCAGUGA